CUACUUCUGCUUUCUUUUCCAGGAUCCAGUCUAAGCAUCCUGUGGUACUCCCUGAUCAACUCAGAGACAGCUGGAACAAGAAGGCUCUUUGAAGUCCAGGGUUUGCCAAAGGAAUUUCCCACACAUCACCGGCAGUGGUCCACCUCAGAAGUUCAGAAUAGAAUUUGCGGACCCACUUUACCUCAGACCAUGGCCAGACAGGGCCUGCCCCUUUACUUGGCCACUCUCUUGACUGGGCUGCUGGAAUGCAUCGGUUUUGCGGGUGUCCUCUUUGGCUGGACGUCACUGUUGUUUGUGUUCAAAGCAGAAAACUACUUUGUAGAGCCCUGCACACAGGACUGCCUGGUCAUGAGCAACUCAACAGAGUCUCCUGGCUCCAAAGCUCAGGAUGAGAAGUUCUCACUCAUCUUCACCCUGGCAUCCUUCAUGAACAACUUCAUGACCUUCCCCACCGGCUACAUCUUCGACCGCUUCAAGACUACAGUGGCCCGCCUUACAGCCAUAUUUCUCUAUACCUGUGCCACACUGCUCAUCGCCUUCACCUCUGCAGACUCUGCUGUCCUGCUCUUCCUCGCCAUGCCUAUGCUCGCCGUGGGAGGAAUCCUGUUUCUCAUCACCAACCUGCAGGUUGGAAAUCUCUUUGGCAAACACCGUUCAACCAUCAUUACCCUCUACAACGGAGCAUUUGACUCUUCCUCAGCCGUCUUCCUCAUCAUUAAGCUUCUUUAUGAGCGGGGCAUCCGUCUCAAGGCUUCCUUCCUCUUCCUGUCUGUCUGCAGCGUCUGGCAUGUUGGGCGUACCUUCCUCUUGAUGCCCUGGGGACAUAUUCCCUACCCACUGCCUCCCAACUACAGCUAUGGCUUGUGCACCAGGUUUGGCACCAGAAAGGAAGAGAGGGAAGUGGCUGAGCAUGAGGCCAGGGAGCUGCAGUCAAAGGAAUUUCUUUCAUCAAAGGAAGGUAAGGAGGGAGCGACUGGAGAGAGGCAGCAGCAGCACUCUUUUCUCAGCUGUGUGCUCUCUCGCCGGUUCGUCUUGCAUGUGGUGUGGCUGUCCAUCAUACAGCUGUGGCACUACCUCUUCAUUGGUACCCUCAACCCUCUACUGACCAACUUGGCUGGUGGGGACAGAGUGCAAGUCAGUGCCUUCACAAAUGCCUUUGCCAUCACCCAGUUUUUUGGGGUGCUGUGUGCCCCCUGGAAUGGCUUGCUCAUGGACUGCCUUAAACAGAAGUAUCAGAAGGAAGCAAAAAAGACAGGUUCCUCCUCCUCGGCUGCAACUCUCUGUUCCACGGUGCCUUCGCUGGCUCUGACGUCUCUGCUGUCCCUGGGCUUCACCCUGUGUGCUUCCAUUCCUGUCAUCCAGCUGCAGUACGUCACCUUCAUCCUGCAAGUGAUCAGCCGCUCCUUCCUCUAUGGGUGCAAUGCUGCCUUCCUCACACUGGCUUUUCCCUCAGAGCAUUUUGGAAAGCUCUUUGGGCUGGUGAUGGCCUUGUCAGCUAUCGUGUCUCUGCUGCAGUUUCCCCUGUUCAAAGUCUCCCCCGAGAGCAACGCUGUUUAUGUGUCCAUGGGACUUGCCAUUUUUCUGACAUUGGUCCAUCCCUCCUUGGUGUACCUCGAGUACCGUGCUGAGAAGACAAAACCAUCUGUGACCUCCCAUCCUUGAAGCCCUCGCUCUCUAGCCUUGAUGGUUUCCUGAUCAUUCCUUGCCUUUGAUGAUCCACAGUCCAUAGAGACUUUGCCUACCCAGGAGAGCUGUAGAAGGCAGCCAUAGUUUUUCUUAAAACAAACA